AUGAGAAAUGUAAAAUUUAAUUAAAGCGAGUAAUUCGGAUAUAGAUUAAAUGGAUAAAUUCGUGUAAUUACUCAUUCAACUAACAGUUUCCCACAAAACAUUAACAGGUAAGGUUCAUUAUGAAUAAUUGAUAGUUAAGAAAAUAUAAAGUUUUUCUUCAAACCACAUGAAGAUGAUGAAAAGCAAAUCAAUUAAACUUUAGAAUCUAAUGAUUUAUCUGAAGCCUAUCUAUUUUGA